UCGGUUCACUCUGUUUUUACGUAACCCAUCACCCUCUCUCCCCUUUUUAUACCUCAACCCAUAUCUCCUUUGAAAGACUUCCCAACCACUUCAUACAAAUUUUUUCUCUCUUUCUUCCAUUCUCAGAUAGCUUUCUGUUAUCUCCAUUAAUGGAGAAAGGAGGGUGGGGGCUAACCCUUAAGAGCUCAGAAAGCAUCGAAAAACCGACGGUUUUUGGUUUUACCUCGACUCCGAGCUGGUUGAACCCUAUCAAGAGUGGCGGCGGCGGUGGUGCUAGUAUGUUUCCGGUGAACCUUAACCGGAAGGAUGAUCAUUCCGCCGCCGCUCCCUCGGCGGCUAGCGAGAAACGGGCAGUGGCAGUAAAUGAAGUUGACUUCUUCCCCGUGAAGAAGUUGCCGGCGGCGGAGGCUCCGGCGGUCCUUGUGAAGAAGGAGAUGGGUUUCAAUGAUGAACAUAACACCCGGCCGGAUUUGAACGUAAACACUGGGUUAGAACUUGUGAUUGCUAAUAAUGGUGAAAACGAGAACCAAUCAACUGUAGAUGGCAGUGCGGCGGCGGAUGUGGAACGGCGAGCUAAGAGUGAGGUGGCAAGAUUGCAAGGAGAGGUAGAAAGAAUGAAGGAUGAAAACCAGAAAUUGAAAGGGAUGCUUUCUCAAGCAACUGAUAGCUAUGGCGCCUUGCAUAUGUAUUUUCUUACACUGGUUCACCAACAACAACAACAACAAAACACCUCAACAACAUACCAGGUGGCGGAUGGAAAGGGAACAGACGAGCCAUUAUCCCACAAUUCUCGUACCUCGACGGGAGAGAGAACGGAAUCUGAAUCGCCUGGGAACAACAACGUAGAACCGGCGCCGUCGAGGUCGCAUGAAGGGUCUGUUGGUCGUCGUCGUAGGGAAGAAAGCGAAGAUUCUGAAACAUGGCGGGGUAACAAAGUUCCCAGAUUGAAUAAUCCUUCGAAACCUGUUGAUGUUGUUGAUGAUGAUGAUCAAGCUGCUGCUGGUUCUGCCGCCGUGACGAUGAGGAAAGCCCGUGUCUCCGUCCGUGCCCGGUCGGAAGCCUCCAUGAUUAGUGAUGGAUGUCAAUGGAGAAAAUAUGGGCAAAAAAUGGCGAAAGGAAACCCAUGCCCACGAGCUUAUUACCGGUGUACCAUGGCCGUUGGUUGUCCGGUUCGCAAACAAGUGCAAAGAUGUUCCGAUGACCGGGCGGUUUUGAAGACAACCUACGAAGGCACACACAGCCAUCCCCUACCGCCGGCCGCCAUGGCAAUGGCGUCGACCACCUCGGCCGCCGCGAGUAUGCUUCUCUCCGGCGCCGUGCCGAGUGGCGGUGAUAUGAUGAUGAACCCUAAUUUCAUGGGAAGAGCCAUCUUUCCAUCUGGUAGCAUUGCUACAAUUUCUGCUUCUGCACCUUUUCCUACUAUCACAUUGGAUCUUACCCAUCAACCCCUCAAUUCCUUGCCUAAUUACCCAAGACCCCAAUUCCCUUUCUCUAAUACCCCUCAAAAUCCUCAACAUUAUGUUUCAACCCCUCAAGUUUUUGGCCAGGCAGCUUUGUAUAAUAACCAGUCAAAGUUUUCAGGGCUACAAGUUUCUAAUAUCCCUCAACACCCUUCCUUUGCUCAUCAUGGCGCCACCACGGCCGCCAUCGCCGCCGAUCCCCACUUCACCGCCGCCCUCGCAGCCGCCAUCUCCUCCAUCAUCAAUGGUUCACAGCACAUUAUCACCACCAAUACCCACAGCAACCCUUCAAGCAAUAGCAACCAGCUGACUAGCAGUUUUUUGCCGGCGAAAUAAUAUUGGAAUUUAAUUUAAGUAAUGUGUUACACCUUUGUCUCUAUUGCUUAUAACACUCCUAUUUAAUACUUGCUGUAAAUUAGAAUUUUUUUCCCUCCUCUUAAGGACUUGAAAAUC